AACAGUAGGAUCGCAGUAAAUGGUAAUCUUGUGACACAAAUCUGACGCCACAGCAGAAAAAGGGGUUCUUUUGAUGUUUUUACAACCGUGAAUUCAACCAGGAUGCCUUCGACGAUGAAAAAGAAGGUGCUGUUGAUGGGGAAGAGUGGCUCAGGGAAGACCAGUAUGAGGUCCAUUAUAUUUGCCAACUAUAUCGCCAGAGACACAAGGAGGUUGGGGGCCACAAUUGAUGUAGAACAUUCUCAUGUCAGAUUCCUGGGUAACCUGGUGUUGAACCUGUGGGAUUGUGGAGGACAAGAGGCCUUCAUGGAGAACUACUUUGCUAGCCAGCGUGACAACAUAUUCCGCAAUGUAGAAGUUUUAAUAUACGUCUUUGACGUGGAGAGUCGCGAACUAGAAAAGGACAUGCACUAUUACCAGUCCUGUCUGGAGGCCAUAUUGCAGAAUUCUCCAGAUGCCAAAGUUUUCUGUCUAGUACACAAAAUGGACUUAGUGCAAGAGGACCAAAGGGAAUUAAUAUUCAGAGAAAGAGAAGAAGAUUUAAAAAGACUGUCAAAGCCACUAGAGUGUACAUGCUUCGCCACUUCCAUUUGGGAUGAAACAUUGUAUAAGGCCUGGUCAUGUAUAGUGUACAUGUUAAUCCCUAAUGUCCAACAACUAGAGACCAACCUCACCCAUUUUGCCAACAUCAUCGACGCAGAUGAGGUCCUGUUAUUUGAGAGAGCCACCUUUCUGGUGAUAUCCAACUGCAUAAGAAAGCCCCACAAAGAUGUGCAUAGAUUCGAGAAGAUAAGCAACAUCAUCAAGCAGUUCAAGCUGAGCUGCAGCAAGCUCGCGGCUUCUUUUCAGAGUAUGGAGGUCAGAAAUGCCAGUUUUGCCGCUUUUAUUGACGUCUUCACAUCCAACACUUAUGUAAUGGUCAUCAUGUCUGAUCCUACAAUACCCUCUGCUGCCACUUUAAUCAACAUAAAAAAUGCCAGGAAACAUUUUGAGAAGUUGGAGAGGGUAGAUCAGGGACAAGGGGCCAUAGCUGCAGCGCGAUAAACAGACACCAGAGGGAUGCACUUGAUCCAAGAGAAGCCUAAUCCUCACCAGAUUGUGAUAAUAAAUCCACUUAUUUUGGUUGAUUAUGAAAUACUGAACACUCGAGAUAUGGUGCAAUUGAAAAUUGGAAUUGUUAAGGUCACUUCAUUAAAUCGACCAAAGACUGAGUUUUCAGCCACAAUAAUGAUGACCAAGAUAAGAAAAUAUUAAUGAAGAAUUAAGCUGUAUAGCUUCAUUCAACAUCAAAAAUUAUUGUUACUGUAACUUUACAUUUGUAGAGGUGAGAAAUUCAAGACACUCUUUCUGUUGAAAUGAACAUCAAUCACAUCAAAUUGUCUUUUGAGAAAGGUAUAAAGAAUAUGAAAGGGAAGAUGAAUAAAGUAAUAGAAUCUCUGACGAUA